CUCAUUUCUUUUCUGACUUUCUCUGACAUCCCACCAUUUUUUUUUCUCUCUCUAUAUCUAAUGAUCUUAUCUCCUCUUCUUUUUUUUUCUUCUUUCUGUUAUCUUUUAUAAUUCUGCCUCACCAUAUUUAGUAAAAACUAAAAACACACACACAAAGGAGGAGAAGAACAACCAAGUCUUGUCAUAUCAUUGAAAAAUUCAUCAAUAAAAUUAAAAAAGAGAAAAAAGGUUAGUCAAGGACCGGAAGUCAUCACCGCUUAGUUAUUUUUCGACCUGUUGUUAUCCAAGUAUCAAAUUUGCACUGCGUUUUUUCCGGAGCAGCAUGAAGCCACCGAAUUUCAAUCUUGAAUCGGAAGACGAGUCCGAAGUCAGCAGUAGCCAAGUUGCCUCCAACACUUCUGCCCAAGAAAUUUCUCCUGAUCCUUACAAGGAUAACACGACCAAUUCGUCCUGUCUGACAAACUCUCUCAAUCUUCAGCAGGAGUCAAAACCCGUUACACUUGACUUGACUCUUGGCUUCAACAGCGGUGCUGAUACCGAGUCGAAGGGCAAUCCCGAGGCUGGCAGUGAAGUAGUGCCUCAUCCUCCAGCUGCACAAGUAUCGAGGAUAUUCUCGUGCAACUUUUGUAGGCGCAAGUUUUAUAGUUCACAAGCUUUGGGAGGACAUCAAAAUGCACAUAAGAGGGAGAGAACUCUAGCAAAGAGGGCGAUGCGGAUGGGAAUGCUAUCAGAGAGGUACGCUAGCUUGGCAUCGCUCCCCCUUCACGGAUCCCCAUAUCGAUCACUUGGCAUCGAAGCUCAUGCCUCCGUACAUCAACGUGCCCCUCAACAACAAGAAAGGCAUAUGCAUGCUAUUAGAGGCGGGGCAAGAUUCGAACAGGGGUAUUUCGGGGUGCCAGUAUACAUGGAGGAUGAUGACAUGGAGAUGUUUUGGCCCGGGAGCUUCCGUCAAGUUGACGGAGUCGGUAGCAACGUCGUGCUUAAUUCAGGUCAGAGGUCCAACAUAAAUUUUGUACCAAUGGCUCCACCACCUAAUACACAACCAUCAUUGCCUGACCUGAAUUUGAAAUUGUGACACUCUUGCCAUUCACAUUUCUAUAUCUAUUUCGACAUCCCUCCUUUUCCGGAAAAAACAAACGCGUUGUAACUGUGUUACAUUCGCGUUGUAUUGUACAGGGAGAUUGAUUGAAUGUCUUAGAUUGAAUUGAGAUUUCGAGUUUUAUCGCGUUAGACUCUUUUUAUUCCUGAAAUGUGCUUAAAAUUCAUAGUAACUUUGUUUAUAUAACUUGUACAACAUCAUAAAGAAAUUUUUCACAUUUUUGGGAUACUAUUGAUACCCUUA